GUGACUCAAAUGUAGGUUUGGGUGGGACUAAAUACUUGAGAAUAACAUACAUGCAACUAAAACGUCAAGGCAACGAUGUCUCAAACCAAUCAAUCAAUACUACGUAGGCAAGUUAAAACAUACGAUGACAAUAGGUUUGAGAUAUUGUCAUUGUGUUCCAAUUACAUACAUAUUUUAUUAUGUUUCGUUUUUUUUAUGAGAUGAUCGGAUGACUAACGUGGUACAGUUUCCAAAACCCAAUUAUAUGAAUAGUUGAAUAUCCAUAUUGCUUUUACCAUUCCAUUUUCCUUCCAUUCAGCUGCAAACCCAAUAUAAAGGUAAAUCUACGAAAAAUCUCCAUUAAGUUUUGCACGUAGAACUUAUAACAAAAUUGAUAACACCCCUUUGGCGUUCUUCCUGCGUUGAAUCACAAUCCAUAUCUGACAUGAAAUUCAGAGUUGGAUCGUUACUGAAGCUCCGCAUCUUCCUACCCACAUCGCCAAAUUUCCAAUCUUUCCCCAAAACUUUGUUACCGGCAACGUGGUUUAUUUUCACACCCGCCACCUAUUCGACAAUUUGCCUGACUGAGGAAGAAAGUGCGGGAGAAGACAUUGGAGACCAACCAAAGAACUCUCUACAAGUUCUGAAGCAAUUGGGCUGUAGUGACACUGAAAUUUCGAUGAUCUCCACGCGGGGGCCUUCUCUACUGAAUGCCAACGCGAACCAGCUUGAGUGCAAACUCAAGCUUCUAACUGGCUUGGGCAUCACGGCGCCUGAGCUCGUGAAGAUUAUCAUUGGCCGUCCCCGGUUGCUCACUUCUCGGGUUAACCAUUGCUUGGAUGAGCGGCUCGAGUUCUUUAUGACAUUGUUUGGAUCCAGGGAAGUGCUUGUCAAAGCCAUUGUGAGGAACCCUUCUCUCCUGACCUAUGACUUUCAGAAGAAAAUCAAGCCCGCCAUUGCGCUGUACCAAGGAGUCGGUCUUAGUAUGCAGGACUUGAUCCAAAUGGUUCUGUUGCGGCCUACGUUGAUCCCAAGAACUUCAUUUGAUGAAGAAAAGAUGGAAUAUAUACGAAAAACCGGGCUUUCAAAUGGUUCCAAGAUGUAUAAGCAUGUUGUCACAAUCAUUGGCGUUUCACGACUUGAAACUAUACGUAAGAAAGUUGCAAAUUUGGAGAAGUUUGGUUUCUCAGAAGAUGAGAUUUUUUCCCUUUUCGCAAAGUUCCCCCUUGUGCUGACACUAUCGGUCGAUAAGGUUCAGAGGAACAUGACUUUCAUUUUAGGACAAAUGAAGCUUCCUGCUACGACGGUUCUUGAGCACCCAUGCUUGGUGUUCAUGAAUUUGGAGGAUGUGUUGAAGCCACGAGUACUUCUUGCGCGGAAGGUGCGGGAGAUGGGUCUUGAUAAAAAGAUUGAAGGUCCUAUGAUGAUGAGGGCAAUGAGAAUGACGGAGAAGCGGUUUUUGAAGGCAUUUGUUCGUUGUCACCCAAAGGAUGUUGCUGAUGAACUGAUGGAGUACUACAAAAAUGUGAAGGGUGUUAAGCGGUUGGCUGAAGCCUCAAGGACGUUACAUCAAGGAUUUCCUUUCUGAAUGUUUUUGGCUCAGGGUCAUUUGUUGCCGUUUACAUUCUUGGGACUGGUAGUGAACUUGACUGCCGCAGUGAAGAGUAACAGUAAUGAACUCGAUAACAAAGAAGGGUAGUUCUUGGUUAUACGGUCGAGAAGGUUGGUUCAACGCACCCAAUGUGUUUAGGAAGCAUUAGUUGCUCAAACUAACAAACACAGUAGAGGCUCCAAGAGGGGAUGGUCUAAGCAAAAAGCACAAGGCGUUUUGCUAUCCAUGUUACUCACCAAAGCGUGGCAGGUAAGGAGAUAAUGCAGCUUUCUUCGUUGUUGCAUAUAAGCGUGACUAGUCUUGUAGCAUCGUUGCUUUUUCGAUCUUCAUUUCUUUUCCGUGGCGAGAAGACGAGACGGGAAGGAGACUUUGAUCAUUUAGAUUUUGAAUCGUACUGUAAAUAUUGAUGAACCUGUUGUACAACUUUGUGCUAGGAUGCAUGAAAUUCAUCCUUAGCAUUGCUUUUGAUGGUGUAGUUAUAUCAUACUUCUUCCCACGAAUUACCGAAGGUCGUAUUCACUACAUAUAGUUUGAGGCAAUUUCAGGGUAUUUGAGUACUGUGGACAACAUCAAGAAAGGUUUCCUUUCAUCUAAUCUUAAUAGAAUGUGAAGAUAAAUUAUCUCAAUCUCUUGAUCGUGGAAAUUCCUUCGCCGUCCGUGGAGGGAGGGACGGUAUUGAAUUUUGCAUCAUAUGGUAAAAUGAAACCCGCACACCACUUCAGCUAGUUGCGUCAUAUGGUAUUAAAUUAUAUAUUAUUAUUGUCAUGAGAUAUUUUG